AUAGAUGCAGUGUGGAGUUCACUUGAAGAACGCACGAACCCUACCAAAGCUAGCUAAUCGCUCGAUCGGUCCUCAUCCGCUGCCCAUGGCUCCCGCCACCCUCUUCGCCGCCAAUAACGCAAUCCGCUGCCAGCCAUGUCCGCCGCGACUGCUGAGCCAAUGCCACAGUAGUCCUCGUCGUCUGCAUUUGGCUUCCGCUUCCGGACGAGGCGCUGCAAAGCCGGCGUCAAGCUUGUCCACCACCUGGGAGUGUCCAACUGUUCACAGUCAAGAAUCACUGAUCCGUCUUCCCGGGCGAGCCGACGGCCUCGCGAAUGUACUGGCGAUCGGCACUGCAAACCCACCCAACUGCGUGCUGCAGGAGGAGUACCCUGAUUGGUUCUUCCGGGUCACCCAAACCGACCACCUCACCCACCUCAAAGCCAAGAUGAAGAGAAUCUGUGGCAGAACCGAAAUCAAGAAACGCUACUUCCACUAUGACGAGGACCUGAUCCGCAGCAACCCAGAGUUCCUGGACAGCACGCUACCAUCCCUGACCGCGCGGCAAGCCAUCACGGCCACCGCCGUGCCGGAGCUCGCCGCGGCCGCCGGUGCCAAGGCCAUCGCCGAGUGGGGAAGGCCGCCGUCGUACAUCACCCACCUCAUCUUCUGCACCUACUCCUGCACCCACAUGCCUGGCGCCGACCUUCGGCUGGCGUCCCUACUGGGUCUCAGCCCCUCCGUGGAGCGCACCAUGCUCUACUUCACCGGCUGCAACUCCGGCGCAGCCGCGCUGCGUCUCGCCAAGGACGUCGCCGAGAACAACCGCGGUGCGCGCGUCCUGGUCGCCUGCGCCGAGACCAGCCUCAUCUUCUUCCGCGCGCCGGAUGAGGCGCGCGCCGACACGCUCGUGUUCCCGGCGUUAUUCGGUGACGGCGCGGGCGCCGUGGUCGUCGGCUCCGAUCCAGGAACAACAACCAUAGCAGGCACAGACGCCGCCGAGCGCCCGCUCUUUGAGCUGGUGUCGUCUGCCCAAGCAACCAUACCCGGGAGCGCCCACGUCGCCUCCACGACGCUCGCCGAGUGCGGCAUCGUCUACGACCUCCCAAAGGGGCAGCCAUCGUUCGUUGCUGACAACAUUGAGCAUUGCCUUGUCAACGCAAUCUGGACGCUGGGGCUGAGAUGCGACUGGAACGACCUCUUCUGGGUAGUGCACCCUGGAGGCCGCGCUGUCUUGGAUGGCAUCCAGGGGUCUCUUAAGCUGGAUGAAUCCAAGCUCAGCGCAAGCCGCCGGGUCCUCAGUGAGUAUGGUAACAUGAGUGGCGCGACCAUCAUCUUUGUGCUGGAUGAGAUGCGUCGUCGCCAGCGCAAGGGAGACCAGCUGCUGGAUGGUGGUGAGAUGAUGGAGAAGGAAGAAUGCGAGUGGGGCGCCAUGGUAGGGCUCGGACCAGGGCUUACCGUCGAGACCAUGCUGUUGCGCGCCACAGGCAAUUAGAUCCUAUCAGCACCUUACGUACUGCAGUCUGCAGAUAAUAAUGUCCCGCCAUGCAUGAUAUGUGCCAAGUCUUGCCAUCCGCCCGCGUAGAUUUCUAUGUAUCGAUGGCCAUGGGAUGUGUGAUGUGUUUGUGUUCCUGCUCCAUGAUUCUCCUCGCUAAUUUGGAGCGCGCGGCCAGCUUCUUUUUCUAGUUUCGAUCUUUUGCUAUCCUCUUUGAGUAAUUGUACUGUGUCUAUUAGCCUUAGAGCAAUGUACUUGUAUCGUUUGGCUAGAUUCACUUAAGUUCGAGUGAAGAGGCCGGAUUGUUUUUCCUUUAUCUAAAAAAUUUUGGAGCUGGCCAGGCCUAGUGCAUGCAAAUGACUCUCGUAUAAGGCUUAUGGU